UGAAGUGAACGUCUGGGCCUGUGUUUUCUGCUGAAUUUCAAAAAUGGAUUUAUCAACUUUAGACAUGGAAAACCGAGAUCCUAAUUCAAUCAAUGAUCAUUUGAAGACAGGGUUUGAAGAUGUCAUUGCAGAGACGGACGGCACCCAUAGCAGUAACUGUGUAUGGAAGGCCUCUUACUUCUGCUUCCACGGAUGCAAAUCAUGCUGCUACAACGUCUUCACCAUCGUUAUUGGGAUUUUCCUUGCCAUUAUAUGGGGCAUAGAGUUUGCAUUAAUCGCUUUCGCCCACGUGUGGUGUGUAACCCCCAUGCUACGGGUCUGCAUGAUUCACUGCAAUCUCUGCCAGAAAACCUUUGGAACCUGCGUCAACUGCUGCUGUGCUCCAUUCUGUGAAGUUUUCAGCCUGUUUUUCUCUAAUAUCAGAAUAGAGAAAAAAUAACAUCAACGUGAACAUGAUUGAAUUUGUGUGAGACAUGAAUUCAAAAAUGCUAUUCCACAUCAGCAGGCUAUGAAAACCCUUACCUGGGGAUGAGUACUUUGUAUCUGGAAUAAGAACUUGUAUACCUGGAAUUCAUGAUUUAUUACUAUUUAUCGCUGUCUUUCGUAUAUUGUGCACUUUGAUACAUAUAAACAUAUGUUACUUGAUUUGCAUGAAAAUAUGAAGUUUUAAAAUUAAAACAUAAUAAUUAUUGUGUCUUGUCGCAAUAUAAUUAAAAAUACGAA